AUGCCAUCCCCACCACGAGCUCGAUUGACCACCUCCGUACUCAAGCUCCCAGUGGACAAGGCUGGCUCAGAGGGAUUGAAAGGACCGCGACUCCAUUCGUACUACUAUCAACAACUUCGACUCGAAAACCUCCGGCGCCACAUCCAUUGUCCCCUCCGCUCGCUGUAUAACGUUUCAAAAGUCCGUAUCGUAUGCUUCAGUAUCUGCUCCCUGCCAACCGACCCCGAUGGAUAUCCUACUGAUUGGACUCAACUCCUGCCCGAACGACAGCACCGUGCAUUGAGCUCUCAGGACGACGACAACGACGAUCAUGCGAAUCUAAACCUCACCGCGCUUCCUCCCAUCAUCGUACGCGUACGCACCCCCUCCACACAACCACGACACCGACCCAACCGCUUCCUCAGCGGUAUUCGCUCUUGCGGAUCGCAGCCUAUUCCACUCCCAUUCUCCACAGCGGCAAAGCCCUCAAUAUCGGGGAAAUAUCUUGAACAUCGUCUAGCGAAGCAUCGGGACCGCAUCUACUGGCCUAGCGCUACGGCUUCUCAAGACGCUUCGCAGGAACCAUUGCACUCGACCGGGGCACGUGAAGACGCUGCCGCCGACAAUAGCGGCGGUAACGAAGCUGGAACAUAA